AUGCUCCCGUGGCUCGUCGUCCCGCUCAUCGCCAUCUGGGCCGCCACCCAGCUGCUCCUCCCGGCCGCCUACCGCUUCGAGGUCACCUCCCCGCGGCUCGCCUGCGUCUCCGUGCUCCCUCCUCACCCUCUUCUGGUACGAGAUCCUCCUCCGCAGCUCUCCCUCUGGCGCGCCCGCCGCUCGCGCGCCUCCGCGAGGAGCGCCGCGCGCACGCGCUCGAGCUCCACAAGCUCCGCAAGACCGCCACCCGACGCUGCCGCAACUGCAGCAACCCCUACAGGGACCAGAACCCCGGCGGCGGCAAGUUCAUGUGCUCCCUACUGCGGCCACGUCUCCAAGCGCCCCGUGCUCGACCUUAAUUCGGCCGGAAGGCCCCCUCAGGUGGCCUUGCGCUCAGGAUUGUGGAGACUGGCUCGACCUGCGCUGCUCCUCCAGCGCCAGUACCUCCUUCUGGGGGUUCUCAUGGCACCUGCUGUUGUCAUUUUCACAGCAACAAAGGUUGGCAAGGGAGGGGAGAAUGGGGGAAAAGCUGAGGAGAGCAGGGUCGAGAGGGCGAGGAGGAAAGCAGAGGAGAAGAGGCUGGUGAGGCUGGAGAGGGAAAUGCUGGAGGAGGAAGAAAGGAAGCAGCAGGGAAGAGAUGGCAAAGCUGGUGGAGGAGCAUGGGAGGCUGAGGAUGAGAAAGCUGAGGCCGAGGAGGCGGUCCAAAAAGCGCUACCCCUGUUGGGGAGAAAGGAUGCUAGGAGGGAGGCAGAGGCGGGCGCCAGGAGGGAGGAAGAAAGAGGACAAAGGUCAAGCAAGAGUAAUUCAGAUUGUGAGGACAUUGAUGGGCGAUUGGGCGAGAAAAGGCGACAGAGCGAGCCUUCGACAGAAAGAUGGACUCUGACAGGCGUGAGGGUUACAAGCCUCAUUACUUUGAAGCUAACAAUCAUAGUAAUAAGACAGUGGAGAGCAGAGCAAAGCAGCCCUACCAGCUUUAAAAAGUCAUGGCAUCAGCUGUUUAGUCGUUCAGCAUCAGUCUCCCCUUGUCCUGAUGCUACAACUUCAGCUCGUGAUAUGAAUCGGAAGCCAGAACCAAAUGGAGCGCAAAUAAGCAAUGCUCGUACAUUUCUCUCUCAGUAUCCUCCUCUGGACAGCAAGCCAAGUUCGAGCCAGUCCAUGCAAUUUCCAGGUUUUCCACCAGUUAAUGGAGUACCUCCCAAUAAGCCACUACCUCAUUUUCCUGCUGGACAUAUGCCUUUCUAUGAUGAUGCAGAAUCUGCUGUAUUUGAAGAUUCAGAACAGUUUGAGGACCCAUGCUAUGAUCCAGAUGCAAUCGCAUUGCUUGGGCCAGUUUCAGAGUCUUUAGAUAACUUCCUCCAGACUUGGAUUGUGGAUUCAUCUCAGUGA